UACCCUAGCAAUAUACCCUUUCAUACUUGCAUCUUUUAUUGUUUUGGCAUUUAUCGUCCGUGCCGUAGUUCCAGUUAACUCAAAUGAUACAACAAGCUUACGUAUUCCUUUAGUUCUGUGUUUUUUGAAGUAUUGAACAUUAACUAGCAUACUAGAAACUUGUAUAUUCCAAAGUUGUCUGUUUUUUCUUUUUCUUUUCUUUUCCUUUCCUUUUUGUUAUUUUUUCUUAUAACUUUAUGUUGAGGGUCAUCUGGUCUCUUAUUCACUUGCAUACUUUCUUCAUGGCUGGAAGAUAUUUAGUAUCUGUUGCGAAGUGUGAUUGAGUGAGUUAUAAUUCAGGGUUUUCCAGGUAAAUUUCAGUUAUUUCGGAAAAUAGAUUUUCUCAAUUUUUGUCAAUUGUUGUUAUAAAGUGUGAUUUCUCACCGGAUGCUCUUUAAGCGGACAAAAUAAAGCAUGCGAAAGAUGUUAAAUGUUAUAAGAUUACACUUGACAAUAGGUAAGAGGGCAAGAAACAUCAUUCCCUUUUUGUUUAGACAUCAUGGAUUCUGCCUCAUUUGCUUCAUUUUCUGGUUAGUCAUCAUGGUUCCUAUUCACAUGUCAAUGAAGGAUCAGAUAAAUUGGAUCCGUGUUAUGCUUUUAGGUGAUGAUACUUUAUAGCCGCAAGUUGUUAAACUUAUCAAAGCAAGUUCUACAAGAGUAUUUGAAUAAGUUUGAUUUGUGAAAUUUGGUUUGUAGCGUUGCAAGUUGUAGUUACUGUCUAUAUUUCUCCGGUAUUUUGUUGGCGGUGAUGCUACACGACUAAAUUAGAGUUUCUGCUUUAUCAUAAGAUUUUUUUAUUCCUUUUGAACACUGUUUCUGCUUGUGGUUUGAGCUUUGAAGUCUGAUCAUUGUUGAUGACAAUAUCUAAGGUUCGUGAAUUGGCUGAAAAAGAGUCAGAAAAUGGCAUCUUCAGAUUGCUUUGGAGUGAUGUUACUCGGUUUCUUACAACAAUACUUAUCGGCACAACUGUUGUGAAUAUUGCGGCAACUGCCUUGGUUACAGAUGCUGCAACAGCAAUGUUUGGGGAAGCUGGUGUCAGUGCAGCAACAGGAGUGAUGACUGUUGCAAUUUUGCUUCUCACUGAAAUCACUCCUAAAAGUAUAGCAGUGCAUAAUGCCACAGAGGUGGCUCGGUUUGUGGUCAGGCCAGUGGCAUGGCUUUCCUUGGUAUUGUAUCCUGUGGGGAGAGUUGUUACUUAUCUUUCAAUGGGGAUGCUGAAAAUGCUCGGCUUAAAAGGAAGAAGUGAGCCUUAUGUAACUGAAGAGGAACUAAAAUUGAUGCUAAGGGGUGCAGAAUUAAGCGGGGCAAUAGAGGAAGAGGAACAGGAUAUGAUUGAAAAUGUAUUGGAAAUAAAAGACACACAUGUGAGAGAGGUUAUGACGCCACUUGUUGAUGUUGUUGCAAUUGAUGGAAGUUUAAGCCUUGUAGAUUUUCAUCAUUUGUGGGUCACACAUCAGUACUCGAGGGUACCUGUUUUUGAGCAACGUGUUGAUAAUAUAACGGGAAUAGCAUAUGCAAUGGAUCUGUUGGAUUAUGUUAAGAAGGGCGAUUUGCUAGAAAGUACUACAGUUGGAGAUAUGGCUCACAAGCCUGCAUAUUUCGUACCCGAUUCAAUGUCCGUUUGGAAUCUUCUUAGAGAGUUCCGAAUCAGGAAGGUUCACAUGGCUGUUGUACUUAAUGAGUAUGGCGGAACUGUGGGGAUUGUAACUCUUGAAGAUGUUGUUGAGGAAAUUGUUGGUGAAAUCUUUGAUGAAAAUGACUCAAAGGAGGAGAUUCAGAAAAAAACUGGUUACAUAGUAAUGCGAGCUGAGGGUGUAUUUGACGUUGAUGCGAACACAUCUAUUGAUCAGCUCUCUGAAGAUUUGAACAUCAAGAUGCCAGAGGGUCAUCAAUACGAGACAGUGUCAGGCUUUGUAUGCGAAACAUUUGGAUACAUCCCAAGGACAGGUGAAUCGAUCAAAGUGUCUCUUGAACGAGAAGAUGAAGAUGAUGAUAAUGAGGAGACCAAGUCUGACAACCAGGACUCGAAAGAGAAGAAUCAGAUUUUUAAACUCGAGAUACUAGCUGGAAAUGCCAGAAAAGUGAGCGCUGUUCGGUUCGAAAGGAUAAAUGGUGAGGAUGAGAUGUUGGAGGCCAAAGAAGUAACUCACUUUGUCCCUAAAAUUGUCAAGAGAAAAUGGAAUAAUGAUGAGGACUCGGACGAUGCAGACUACGAUGGAGAUGCAUUUGCGAAGAGACCGCAGCACGAGAUUUCUAGCGAGUAUAUAGAUGAUCAGGAAAAUUCUGACAGAAAUUAAGGUUCACUCUUUUCAUUUUUUGUUCUUCUUCUUUAUAUCUAUUUGGCAUGUUUUGGUGCCAUUUUUGCAACACCAUGUAAGAUGGGAAGGUACAUAUUGAAAAUGAGAAUCAAUAAUGUGAACACAUUCAUAAUUUUGUUCAAAAGGGAAUGGGGGGUGUUUACACCAAUAAGCCUUGUAACUCAAUUGAGAUUAGCCCUUUUUGCAAGUUUUGAAAUCAUGGGUGUGAUGAUCAUCAU